CCAGACCAUUUUCUUUCUUCUUUCCAUGGUGAACUGUGUUAAAGGGUCUCUCUUUCUGUCCCCCCCUCUCUCUCUCUUGGAAUUGUUCUUGUACGUUUUGCUAAAUUUGCACGUACAGACUACAGAGCAUAUAACUAAGAAUAAGAUAUCGUUUUGUCAAAAUAGGUGUUUCUCCCUGGUCCUAUUUUCUUGAAUCUCUCAUCUUUUUGCUCCUCCCCUAUAGCCGCCUAAAACUCAUUUUCGUUUCCAUCCUGUUGAAACCCUAACACCCUUUGCUAUAUAUAUGCCCGUAUACGUGCACGAUCUAUGUGUAUGUCUGGAGUCUGAUGCUGGAUCUUGACAUUUAUGAUCACUAGGUCUUUUGAAUCUGUUAUUAAGAUUUAGUUUAGAAAUGGCGACUGUGUGUCAGAUCUGGUCUUUGAGGGCUCCCCAAAAGUUCAAAAUUUGACUUGCCAGGAUUGAUGAAACGGGAGAGUUGAGAUUUGUCUGGUUUAUUUAUUAGGGUUUAGAUUGGGGCUGAUCGCGCAUCUUUGGAAUUUUUCAUCUUAUUUAGUUUGGAAAUUUGAUUUUUGCCAAAUCUGUUUUGAGGGCUUCCGGAAAGUUGUGAUUUUUGAGUGGUUGGGAACCGAGAAAGAGGAGAAUUUCAUCUGGGGAAAUUGUUCUGAUUUUGAGGAGAUGUCGCUUUUGGCCAAAGGCGAUUCGAUCCAAAUCCGGGAGGUCUGGGCGGACAACUUGGAUGAAGAAUUCGCGUUGAUUAAGGAAAUUGUUGAUGACUACCCUUACAUUGCUAUGGACACGGAGUUCCCUGGAGUCGUGCUCCGUCCCGUGGGCAAUUUCAAGAACUCCAGUGAUUACCAUUACCAAACAUUGAAGGACAAUGUUGAUUUGCUGAAGUUGAUCCAAUUGGGGUUGACUUUUUCGGACGAGAAGGGGAAUUUGCCCACUUGUGGAACCAAUAAGCAAUGCAUCUGGCAGUUCAAUUUCUGCGAGUUCAAUCCCAAUGAGGAUGUAUUUGCAAAUGAUUCAGUUGAACUCUUGCGCCAGAGUGGCAUUGAUUUUGUGAAGAACAAUGAGAAGGGUAUUGAUGCAAAGCGUUUUGGUGAGCUUCUGAUGUCAUCAGGGAUUGUUUUGAACAAUGAUAUGUAUUGGGUGACAUUCCAUAGUGGGUACGAUUUCGGGUACUUGCUCAAGCUGUUAACUCGCCAGAACUUGCCCGACACACAGGCGGGAUUCUUCACUUUGAUCAAUAUAUUCUUUCCUGUUCUUUAUGACAUCAAGCAUUUAAUGAAGUUCUCGAACAGCCUCCAUGGUGGGUUGAAUAAACUGGCCGAGUUGUUGGAAGUGGAGCGAGUUGGGGUUUGCCACCAAGCUGGUUCUGAUAGCUUACUCACUUCUUGCACCUUCAGGAAGUUGAAGGAGAAUUUCUUUAACGGAUCGCUGGAGAAGUAUUCUGGCGUGUUGUACGGUUUAGGGGUUGAGAAUGGACAGAAUCCUCAUAGCCAAUAGAGUGUAAAAGGUUUGAUUAAAAAUAAAGAUAAAAAAUUAUGUGAAUUGUAGGUACUGAUCGAAUUAUGUGUUGUGCACAAGAUGUUUUGAUGCCACACAUUUGUACACUUUUUAAGCAUCCUAGUUGAUGAAAUGAAAUUAAUGUCCUGUUUGUAUCUUCA